UGGGCGGUGGCUGCAGCCGGGAGGGCGACGUGGAAAGGCCACGUGGAGCCGCCCGGGGGAGGGCCGGCUGCGGGCAGCCAGGCAAGGGCGCCACAGUGCCUAUAGCGCGCACGAAGCCGGAGCCCCAGUCGCGCGCAGCGCCACCGCAGCAGCUCCAGUCUCCAGAAGGAUGUUCCAGUGUCUGGUGCAAGUGUUGAUGCUGCCACUAUUGCUGCUACCUUUGGGUCACGCUGCUCCCAAGGAUGGAGCUGCAAGGCUGGACCCUGAGGAGCCACAGCAGAUCACACCCAACCCGUUCCAGCCAGGCCCCGAGCAGCUCCAACGUCUGCAGAAUUACCUCAAGGGGCUGAAGAAGAUGGAAGAGGAUCCAGAGCACAUGGACCGGGAGCAAGUCCUGCUCUACCUCUUUGCUCUCCAUGACUAUGACCAGAAUGGACAGCUGGAUGGCCUGGAGCUGUUGUCCAUGUUGACGGCGGCUCUGGCUCCCGGAGCUGCUCACUUUCCCAUCAACCCGGUGAUCCUGACGGUAGACCAGGUGCUUGAGACCCAGGACCUGGAUGGAGAUGGACUCAUUUCUCCCGCAGAGCUCGUCAACUUCCCAGGAGAGGCCCCCAAGCACCCGGGGUCCCUCCCCGCUGCGCUCAGGGAGCCACAACCUGCUGGAAGGCAGCUGCAUUUAGCUAGCAAUCCAUUGCAGCCAGACACCCAGGGAUCCCUGGAGACUGGAGAAGAGACUAGGGACCAGGCGGAGGCCAAAAGGGAGCCUUUGGAGGCUGGACAUCAGACAGGGUCUCAAGUAGAUACCCUCAGUCCUGCAGGGGAGGCUGGGAGACAGGCAGAGGCUGAAGGAGAUGUCCCCGGUCCCAGAGAGGAUGCUGAGGGCCAGGUGGAGAGCAGGGUCAGUGAAGGGGAAGCCAAAGAGCCGCAAGUGGAGACGCUAGAUACCAUAAACACUCCAAACGAGGUUGAGGCUCACAGUAUUCAAAUGGAGAACGAUGAGAUAUAGGCCCGACGGCACGGGCUCGCAUCCCUUCAAAUCUCAGUGCGGAGCAGAAACAUGAAGGGCUCAGAGCCACCUCUGACAGGGGUGUGGUGGCACAAGCCAGUAAUCCUAGAACUUGGAAGACUAUAGCAGAAGGAAUGAGAGCUCCAGGCUAGCCCAGGCUAUAUAGCUAGUUUGAGGCCAGGCUGGGCUACUUAGUAAGACCCUGUCUUGAUGAGGGAGGGAACAAAAAGCACUCCUAUUUCCUUUCUGGCCUCACGAGGAAGCAGGACUUCCUGUGCCGCUCAGGGAGACCCCAAGCUGAGAGGCAGCUUUCAGGCCCCCAACAACCAAUAAAGAACAGAAUGAAUUCA